AUCCGUGUGAAAGAUUAUCAUAUAGUGACAAAACACCAGUGAACACACGUACUUAGCGAAUGAUCCAUAAUCAAACAGCAAUAUCUAAACGAUAAGCUCCGGAGACUAGGUCGGAAUAUUUAAAUAAUUUCCGGAUUUCAAACUGUAUCAAUCGGAUCAAAUUUGGUUACAAACUGUCAAUCUUGUUCUAGAUAACACGAGAUAGUGAAAUAGUUUUAGCGAGUUUUACUUUAACGUUGAUACUUAAAAACUGCCCUUCUGUAAGGAAGUACAAAAAUUAAAGUGAAUUUUAUUCAUAAGAAAUAAAAACUAAACGAACAAAUAUAAAUGUUACUGUGAAUCUAAAAAGUGCAUUGAAAAACAGAUAAUGGAAAAUUCAAUGGAAACACAACAAGACGCUGGUUUUAUGAAUGACAGUGAAAUCGACAGUUGUAAAACGUGUAAUUAUAAAAGGAGAAAGUGUUGUAAAAUAUGGAACUUCCGUUUAACAAGACACAAUGUUAGAACAUAUUACUCUAAUUAUUCAACGACGAUCAACACAAUCCUGUUUAUAUUUAUAUUUUGUUUAUCUCAUGUGAGGGGUAUGAGCAAUGACAUAUUACGUUUAAAUUUACCGCCAAAAGAACCGGUGAUAGACCCUAAUACUGUCUGUAAAAAUUAUCCAGACUUGUCUCCUGAACAAUACAAUUUAUGUUCUAAAUACCCGGAUGUGACAGCAUCUGCGAUUCAGGGAAUACAAGUAGCAAUACACGAGUGCCAAUUUCAAUUGCGUUAUCACCGAUGGAAUUGUUCUAGUUUAGAAAAGAAGAAUAAAAAUCCUCACGCUAGUCCAUUUCUUGGAAGAGGAUAUAGAGAGACAGCUUUUGCGUAUGCAGUAUCAGCAGCAGGAGUUGUUCACCAAGUGGCAGUAGCCUGCAGUUUGGGUAAAUUAAAAUCAUGCGGAUGUGACGUCAGUCAGCAGGGUAAAAUGAAAAAUAAAUGGGAGUGGGGAGGAUGCAGUCAUAAUAUAGCCUUUGGAGAAGAUUAUUCGAGAAAGUUUUUAGAUUCUAAAGAAAGAAAAGCGAAAGAUAUUCAUGCAAAAAUUAAUAUCCAUAAUAACAGAGCUGGAAGACUGGCUGUAAUCAGAAAUGUUCGACGAAAAUGUAAAUGCCACGGGAUGUCCGGAAGUUGUGAAAUGCAGACAUGUUGGAAAUCAACACCGGAUUUCCGGGAUGUAGGAGAUAGAUUAAUAAAGAAGUAUGAAUCCGCGAGAAAGGUAAAGGUAAAUAUUUUGAAUAAAGCCAAAACAAAAUUCAGAAGAAUUCGACGCCGAACGAAGAAAUCCGAUUUGAUGUUUUAUGAACGAUCUCCAAAUUACUGUGAUCCAAAUCCGUUAGUAGAUUCACCUGGGACAUCCGGGCGAUUCUGUAAUAAAACAAGUUCCGGUGUGGAUAAUUGUGAGACUCUCUGUUGUGGACGGGGUUAUAAUACGUUAAGAGUGAAACGUUCCGAACGAUGUGAUUGCAAAUUUCAUUGGUGUUGCUACGUUGUAUGCCAAACAUGUACUUAUAAUGAAUGGGUCACAGUUUGUAAAUAAAUUAUGUCAUAAUCUAAACAUGUGUAUACCAGUGUCCAUAUUAGUGGUCAGUUGUUUUUCUAUGAUGUCAAAAGCAUAUUUUAGAAUUCAGGUGCUAACAAUGACUGAGUCUGUUUGGGCUUGAAAUAUUCAUAUGAAAGUUUUUCUGAACAAACCAUUUCACUAUUUAGCAAUAAUUUGUGACUAAAAUUCACAUACAUGAAAUACAUGUAAGUAUAGAAAUGCUUAUGGAUGUAAAUUAAAAUGACCAGUUGGAUGCCGGAUUAAUGCCGAUCAGAUUUACGGCAUUUACGGAAGUAAGCGAUACGGACGUUUAAUGAGAUUCAAAAUUUAAUGAAAGUGUGUGUGUAAAUGUUGAAAAGGACAACCAUUGUUGAAAGAAAAAAACACUCUUUUUUUAGUCUGUUGCUUUCAUAAACAAUUGAUUAAUUUAUAAUAUACAAGGACAGAAGAUUUUGAAUAAAUUCAAAAUUAAAACGGGAACAGAACUGAUCAGAAACCCGUAGUCAGCCAAAAAAUGAUUAAGGUUGUUACUUAAUCAGACGAUGUGAAUCUCUUGACGCACCUGUUAGGUGUUAAUUAUAUUUUAAAUAGUCGUUACAUUCCAAGAUUGAAUGAAAGAUAGAUAAAACAUGAAUAGUCUGAAUUUGUA